AUGUCUUUGUUUAGAACUCUACAAAACCAGCCUAGAAUUAUCACUUUGUUCACACACGAUGUGGCAAGCAAGCCUAGUACACUGAUUAUGCAACAAUUGCGUGCCGGUUCUUCGGAUAAAUACGAGAUUGAAGUCCACACAAAGUUCCCCACGUUGGACCAGCUCAAAUACAUGAACAGUAUUGAUAAGACGGUGUUGCAGGCUCAGGUGCCAAAUCUAAGCCGUCUCCUACUCAAGGAUAGCACAUACGAGACUUUCAAUAAAGACCUCAAGGAAUGCGUUUCGCUUAACUCAUGGAACUCGACAUCGUCGCUGUGGGUAGAUUGGGAAAAACGCAAACUCGGAAACAAUGCAAGCAGUGUCAAAUCGUUGCUUGAAAAACUCUGA